AGCAAUGUACAGCUUUCCAACUCAAAUGCUUCACUGGCAAGCUCUGACGGUUUUGAAGCUGAACCAGGGACUGUUAAAGUGAAAAAGAGGGACCAGUCAGGGUUGAAGACAGCCAAGAUGGGAACAUUCGCUUUUAAGGCCACGCAGUUCUUUGAAUCUCUUGGAAGGAAAUCAUCUGUCAGGAAAACUACAAGUACUAGCUCAGAAAGAUCACCGUCAGUUGAGAGAGUGCGGCAUUCGUCCGGAUCUCAGUCCUCCCUCUGUGAAAUGUCAGAGAAAUUGAGCCCCGUCACCCCAGACUCACACAUAGAAGAGUCUCCGCUUGAGCCACCCAUUGAGAUGAAGAAACAUAUAAAGCAUCAAGGUUUGUUUUAACAUUGUUUGAGAUGUAGAAUUCUCUCAUAUGAGGCAGCAAUACAGCCACCUAUGGAAGGCCGGUGGUUCUACCCAGGUGCCUAUCCAUGAUGAAGUAAGGCCCAGAGGGGCACCUAAGGUCUUCCAUCACCUU